AUGACCAAGAGGGUUCUGUUCAAGGUGGACACAAGAGUAAUGCCAAUUCUGGCCCUUCUGCUGCUCUGCUCGUUCCUCGACAGGACCAAUGUCGGUAACGCCAAAAUCCUCGGCCUCGAGGCAGAUCUGGGUAUCACGGACAAGCAGUAUUCGCAAGGCCUCGCUGUAUUCUAUGUCACAUAUAUUGCCUGCGAGCUUCCUAGCAACCUCGUCCUCAAGAAAAUCUCCCCGCGUAUCUGGCUGCCCUCAUUAACUGUCGCUUGGGGUAUCAUCACUAUGUGUUUGGGCUUCGUGCGCUCCUUUGCUAGCUUCGCCGCCGUGAGGGCGUUGCUGGGCAUCGCCGAGGGCGGCCUGUUUCCGGGCAUCGUCCUGUACUUAUCCAGUAUAUACACGCGAGGCGAAUUAGCAUUGCGCAUAGGCAUAUUUUAUACAUCCGCAAGUCUUUCAGGAUCAAUGGGAGGGCUUCUUGCUCGAGGAUUGUCCGCGAUUGGGCCUAGGGGAGGGUUGGAGGGCUGGAGAUGGAUCUUUAUCAUCGAGGGCUUGCUGACGGUUGCCUCCGGGCUGAUUGCAUUUGUUGCACUACCAAAUAACGUUGCGAGCGCCGGGUUUUUGUCGACAGAGGAGCGAGACUUUGCGGCCGAACGACUAGCAAACGACAGUGGAGGCCGAUUCAAUCCAGCUCUUGAAGCUGAAGAGACGUUCAAGUGGUCCGAGGUCCGACGCGGCAUCUUUAAUGUUCAGAUCUGGCUCACGUCGACGGCCUACUUCGCUCUGCUCUCAGGAGUUUACUCUUUUGGCCUUUUUCUGCCUACGAUUGUCAAUGAUCUUAAGAUUACCACCAACGCCAACAAAGUCCAGUUAUGGACUGUCAUUCCCUAUGCCGUAGCAACUCCCACUACCGUCUUUAUUGCCUUCAUCUCUGAUCGCAUCAAGCUCCGCGGCGUGCCGAUGCUCGUCAUGUUGCCCAUCUCCAUUGCCGGCUACGCAACAAUUGCUCACGUCCAGUCUGCCAGUGUUCGCUUCGGAAUGACUUGCCUUAUGGCUAUGGGAAUGUACAGCUCUGUGCCGUGCGUGCUUGUAUGGAACGCAAACAACUCGGCCGGACAUUAUAAGAGAGCGACGACGUCGGCAUUGCAAUUAGCCAUCGCGAAUUGCGGAGGGUUUGUUGCCACAUUUGUAUACCCAAACAAGGACGGACCCAUCUAUCUGAGGGGACACUCCGUCAUUCUAGGAUUGUUGUGCUACGCAUGGUUUGCUGUACUGGCAAAUCUGCUCUGGUGUGCCAAGAUGAACCGAGACAAGAAGAUGGGCAAAUACGACCAAUACGCCAGCUCCGGUGACGACCGCGACCCCGAAUUCGAAAUGAUUUUAUAAAG